CACCAUCACCACCAUCACCAUCACAACCUGCCGCAAACACGCUCCCGAACAAACCGCCCGCGUGCGGUGUCCGAGGUUGUGCGUUCGCGGUCACACGUGUUGUCGUCGUUGUUGCAGCCGCAAUCAGGCCAAGCCCCCACCACACACCCGCUGCAGCAGCACCAAGGCCCGCCAUCACCACCACCUUCCCUUUCACGCGAUCAGCGUGACAGUCGCGACGGCAGCAGUGGCGGGCACCAAGCAGCAGCAACAACAGCAGCAACAGGUCGUAGUGGUUUGCUGCGAGUGGCUGAUGUGCAGGAACGCCCGCGCAGCUCAUCGGAUGGCCAAAUCAUGCUGUCUGCCUCAACUCGACGCCAUCACACACAUGAUGACUCUUCACAAGCAUAGCCAACGCGCACGCAUGUGUGACUUGUACUGAUGCUCUGUGCUGAUUGUGUUGUAUCGUGGGCGGGGCGUGAUUGCACAAGCUGCGUUGUCGUCACAUCACAUCACCGUGCGUCCCUUCCUUCCCCCUUUUCGCUUACCCUCGUUCUUGUGACGUUGAUCUCGUCUUCAUCUUGUAUUGCAAAGAUACAGCAACCCAACACAAGAUGCAACGAUAUGAAGAGCAGCACCAAAACGAAGGAAGAGCACACGCACGCACACACGCACAAAACACAUAACUCAAACACACACACACACACACACACUCUCUCUCAUGUCGAUAACUGCUCAAGACGCACACACACACACACACACACAGACACACACCAUCACGCCACGUUUGUACUCCUGGUGCGGGUUCGUCAUAGCCACGAAAUCCUUCAUCGCCGCCGCCACCACCACCACACUGUCUCUGUAUUCUGAUCUUUGAUGUUCAUCCUCCACUCCACUCCUUGCG